AUGUUUGUUUAUGCAUUGACGGAGGAUGAUUCGGAACUCGUUUCUUCUUUUUCAUUACUGAGGUCAAUCUUAGAUGAAAAAAUUCUAAAGUCUCCAUGGCCUUCAUCAUUCAAACUGAAUGAUGCAAUUUUGAUCGAAAAUGUUAACAGUACGCACAAGAAAAAGAAAACCAAAGAUAAGGUAUUUCCAAUUGUUUUUCAACCUGCAAAACAUGUCGUUUGGGAGAUUAAUUUGUCGGAAUCUUGGACACCAAUGGUGAAAAAAGAAAAGAAGGUACCAAUUACGGAUGUAAAACAAGUACUGCUCAUGCAAGAGAAGGCAGCCUCUUCUUCAUCUCUACAAAUCCAUGUAUCUAGCUCGAGUGAUUCAAUAUCAAAAUCAUUGGUGACGAUACCUGCAGCAAGCACGUCAGAAAAUCCAAAAGAACCUGAACAUAUCACAACUAAUAUUGAAGUUGAUUUUACUUUAUGGCCUCAAGAUUAUUGUCUUCAAGGAGUCGUGUCAUUUGGGAAAGCAAUUCGACUAUUUUCAAAUUUCUCUAUUCAAAAGAACGAACUCACAUUUCUAAUUUCAAAACAAAAUUUAACCAAUCUUGGAGAUCAGAAUUCAAUACCAGAGCUAACAGUAAGAAAUUCUAAAAAGAUUACUCUCAAGAAGGAAAGAAUUUCCCAAGCAUGGAUGAUUCAUGAGGAGGGAGCAUUUGGCUUUUCAUAUGAUGGAGGCGUUUCCGGAAUUGUAUCUUCACUGUUUUUUGAUUCCUCCUUUUCAUUCAUUGUCUUUAACGCUCCAAUUCAGAAACCAGUAGUUACAUUAUUUCAAAACGUUCUGCAAACGACAUCCUUUGAUAAGAACCUUAUCAAACAAGGUGUCUUGACGCCGCAACAAUUGAAAGAAUUCAUGCAAUCACAGAAAUUAUCGAUUCAUACUACUAAUGUUGAAUUAGCCACUUCCCAAAGGAAUGACAAAAGUACAAGGCUCAACCUCAAGAACAUUAGCAGUAGUAAUGUCACAAAUCAUAUUAACACGAGUGACAAGGUUGAUAAUAAUAGUAAUACAACAAUUUCCAGUUCAGUGAUAAUCGAUCCUUUGCACAUUACACAUGAUUCUGCAAGCUUUCAUAGUCCGAAAAAGAAAGCUGCAAAUGCCAAAGAAGCAACAUACAACAAGGGCAAGCGUAUCUCAAACAAUUCAACUAUCUUGAAUGAGCAUGACUUUGAUGUGGUAGAGGACCAACUCUCUCAAACCUCAGCUUGUUACGAUGAAUAUGAUCAAUCAGUACCUACUGAACCAAAUGUAAAGAAGAGAAAAUUGGAAAACGAAGAUGCUACCAAUGCUCUCUCGCAAUUACCUGAAGUGGACAAUGAAAAGGUCCAAAUUUUAAAACGUUUACAUCAAUAUCAAAUUUUAUCAAAUGAAGAAUAUCUCCAAAAAGUAAUAUUGAUUGAUGCAGUCGAGCGAUACAAGAAUGGUGACUCCGCUUUGAUGAAAGAUAUUAUUGAAAAGAAGAAGGAUUUUUUAGCUGAUUUUUCAUCAUUCCCUCAAUUCAUUUGCCCUCUAACAAGGACGCUUGCUAAAGAUCCUGUGUUGGGAGAUGAUGGCCGUAUUUAUGAUAAGGAAGCUCUAAUAGAUUUGUUGACAAAGAACUGUACACAGCCAUCAACAGAGCGUGCAAAUGACCAUAGAGUCACAAAAAUUUCAAUAAUCCAAAGCGCUACGAAAGAGGUCUAUCAAAUUCUAGAUUCCAAGUUACAGGUCAUCUUUGAAUUUUUACAGCAUGUCAUUUCUGAAAUGUCAAUUUUUGAUAUGGCUUUGCUACCGCUUUUGACAAUAUUUAUUCGAAUGGAUUAUCACCAGAAAUAUACAUUGAAAGCACAUUAUUUGAAGUUUAAAAUCAUUGAGGCCAACAUUUCGCUAUUUAGGAGCAAUGAGCAGAACGCAACAGAUUUUUCAUUGAAAGCGCUUCAAGAUUGUAUGGGCAAAAUCAUUACUUUAGAAACAGAAAAAUCCAACAUGAUUCCUCUGCUGAUUUUUGCGUUGAAGGAAAAAUUUCCAAAAGAUGUUUUCGAUUGUUUUUCUUUAUCACUCUACAUUGCCUGUGAAUUCCAACCCGAAUUAAUGUACCGACAACUUGUUCAGGCGAAAAGUGAAUUUCUUUACAAUAAUAUUUUGAGUGCCGUUUACGCUGUGGCUCAGUUGAGGAGCUCCAGGUUCUAUCUUAAUUGA